GUCGUUCAGAAAACAUUGAUCAUUGACAAUCAAACACAAAAGCAUUUAAAGUGCAUUAUCAUUUCCAAAUAUCUCCAUACAAAAUAACUCACUAUAGAAUAACUCCUCAGGCAAGUGGUGCCUUUACUUACAGAAAUCACACACAGUAGCCCAAACUAACCAGCCCCAGACCCAUCACCUGGCAACCGGGUUACAUAAGCCGUCCAAAGUUUAUGCCAAAACUACUUCGAACGAGUGCCUUUCCUGAGCUUCUUUUUGGUUUUUCUCCAUCGCAGCUCUAGGGUUAGGCUACACUUUCAUUUAAACGGAUGUUUUAUGUGACACAAGUUGUUUUAGAGCUCAGAGACAAACUCUACGUCUAAACGCGGUACGCUGUUAGGAUCUGAGGGUAAAGGGAAAGCAACAUGUUCCCACAGGUCCAACCAGCCUGACUACAGUGGUGAACAGGUAGAUUACAGGUGCCCUAAACAGCACUGUUUCCAGGAAGGGCACCUCCCCUGAAAUGCCCUACCCUCUUCAGAUUGGAAGAAAAAGCACUUCCUGGUCCCGCCCCUUUCACAGAUCUGACAGCAUAGGGAUUGGUCUAACCUCUGUGGUGAGAAGGACAAGAGAUGACGAUCCCAUCUACUGUAGAUCAGUGAGUAAAUGUUAGAUACAAUAAACUUGGCUUCAGUCACUGGUGUCACGUGUUUAUUUGCUUUGGAAGAAAAGAAAACUUACGAAGCAUAACCUAGCGCUGAGAGGUGAAACGAAGAUGGAUUCUGUAAAGUUCUCCUGCUGCAUCUGUCUGGAUCUGCUGAAGGAUCCGGUGACCAUUCCCUGUGGACACAGCUACUGCAUGAGCUGUAUUAAAGCCCACUGGGAUGGAGGAGAUCAGAGGAGGAUCUACAGCUGCCCGCAGUGCAGACAGACAUUCAGACCGCGGCCUGUUCUGGUGAAGAACACCAUGUUAGCAGAGUUAGUGGAGGAGCUGACGAAGACUGGACUCGGAGCUGCUCCAGCUGAUCUCUGCUAUGCUGGACCUGAAGAUGUGUCCUGUGAUGUCUGCUCUGGGAGGAAACUGAAAGCUGUCAAGUCCUGUCUGGUCUGUUUGGUUUCUUACUGUGAGGAACACCUCCAGCCUCAUCAUUGUGUUGCUCCAUUAAGGAGACACAAGCUGGUGGAUCCCUCUGAGAAGCUCCAGGAGAACAUCAGCUGUCGUCAUGAUGAAUUUAUGAAGAUGUUAAUGGAUGAAUUUGAAACUAUUUCAGUUACAGCAGAAAGAGCUGAGAAGCAGAAGGAGCUCCAGGCGAGGAGACAACAAAUCCAGCAGAGAAUCCAGGAGCGACAGAAAGACGUGGAGCUGCUUCAGCAGGAGGUGGAGGACAUCAAUGUCUCUGCUGAUAAAACAGUGGAGGACAGUGAGGAGACCUUCACUCAGCUGAUCCGUCUGAUGCAGGAAAGAAGCUCUGAUGUGAAGCAGCAGGUCAGAUCCCAGCAGGAAACUGAAGUGAGGCGAGUGAAGGAGCUUCAGGAGAAGCUGGAGCAGGAGAUCACUGAGCUGAAGAGGAAAGACGCCGAGCUGGAGCAGCUCUCACACACAGAGGAUCACAAGCAGUUUCUACACAACUACCCCUCAGUGUCAGCACUCAGUGGGUCUCCACACUCAUCCAGCAUCAGGGUUCGUCCUCGGAGACACUUUGAGGACGUGACAGCAGCUGUGUCAGCGCUCAGAGACGUUCUACAGGACGUGCUGAGGGACAGAGGGACAAACGUCUCACUGAGAGGGACUGCAGUGGAUGGUCUACUGCCAGAACCAGAACCAAAGACCAGAAGUGACUUUUUAAAACACCUACAAGAAAUUACAAUGGACCCGAACACCGCAUUUACCAGUCUGCUUUUAUCUGAUGGGAACAGAAAAGUAAAAGUAACGAACAAACAGAUUUAUCCCGAUCAUCCCGACAGAUUCACAUUUUACGAUCAGGUCCUGAGUGGAGAGAGUCUGACUGGACGCUGUUACUGGGAGGUGGAGUGGAGCGGGGACGCCAUUCAUCUAGCAGUUGCACACAAGAACAUCAGCAGAGACGGCACGUCAGACGAGUGUGCGUUUGGGUUCAACGACAAAUCUUGGGCAUUAAAAUGUUGCGGUAAUGGUUACUCAUUCUGCCACAACAACGUUAAAACUCCGGUCUCAGGUCCUGGUUCCUCCAGGAUCGGAGUGUAUCUGGAUCACGGAGCAGGAAUUCUGUGUUUCUACAGCGUCUCUGACACCAUGACUCUCCUCCACAGAGAGGAGACCACGUUCAUUCAGCCGCUACACGCUGGGGUUCGGUUCUUUGAUGAGGGAGACUCUGCUGAGUUCAGCGUUAUGAAAUAGAGACGUGGAACCAGCAGAGGGCCGGUUUACUACAGAUCACAUUAAAUACUACUCUGUUGUACAAGGAACAACAUUCUCAGUGACAGAAAUCAAUCUUAAGAUUUACGUUUUCAUGAUUAAAUGAGGGCUGUGCAGUGGUGCAGUGGUUAGAGCUGAUGCCUUGCAGCAAGAAGGUCCUGAGUUCGAUUCCCGGCCUGGGAUCUUUCUGCAUGGAGUUUGCAUGUUCUCCCUGCGCGCGUGGGUUCUCUCCGGGUUCUCCGGCUUCCUCCCACAGUCCAAAAACAUGACAGGUUGAUUGGUCUGUCUAAAUUGUCCUUAGGUGUGAGUGUGUGUGUGUGCAUGGUUGUUUGUCCUGUGUGUCUCUGUGUUGCCCUGCGAUGGACUGGCAUUCUGUCCAGGGUGUACCCCGCCUGAUUGCCCGUUGACCACUGGAGAUAGGCACCAGCCCCCCCGCGACCCUGCGGGUUCAGAAAAUGGAUGGAUGGAUGAUUAAGUGAUCUGAUACCAGAAAACUGGGUAGAUUUGUGGAGUCAUGAUUUAAACAUUAAAGAGUAACUAAGCUCCAAAAUAACAUUUUUUUUGCUUAUAAAUUGUAUAUUUGGGUCUUUAAAAUGCAAUAUUUCUUUUUCUGUGCAUUUUUUUUACAUGUUUGUGUAAACUUGAUUAAAUCUAGAUCUAAAACUGUCUUAGUGCUGCCCCCUGUGGGUUGAACUGUGGCUAUUGCAUUUUAAACUUGUGAUUGACUGGGGCUGGUACAAUUUCACGUCAUUGGUACAGUCUCCUCCCACUCCCCCCUCCCUCCCAGAAUGGGAAUUCCCCACUCUUGGCCAUGCCACUCUGCCUCCUGGCAACGCCCACUUUCAUGACAUUUUUCAAAUCUUGACUAGGGGUGGAGUUACAUUUUCUGAUGGUGUGCAGUCCCUUUUUAACUUAUAAACACAUUGUACAAAGAAAUAAGUAAACUUCAAAGUACAAAUUUUUAAAAAUUCAUAAGUGAAUAUGUGCCAAUUCAACUUUAAAAGAUUUUAACAUGUUUAUGUUCAGUUUGUCGUUAGGCUGAUUUUAUUCUUUCCAACAUAAAUCUUAAAUUCAGUUUUCUAGCCGCUACAAUAGUACUGCAAAACAGCAACAAAGCUACCUACGUGUCAUAAGAGCGAUUUCACUCAACUACAUUCUCAUAAAAAAUGUCAAUUACAGAAAAGUAUUCAGACAGUUGCUUCCAGGCUGUAUAGCACCUAGAACGACUUGUUUACCCUUUAAACCAAAACUUCCUCUACUGUGAUCUUUCUACAAAUGAUUAGCUUUAAUGAACAAAAGCGUGUUCAAACUGGAGGUUUUCUUAUUUGUGAACAAUUUCCGUCUUACAGAAAAUAAGACUUGAAACUCCUGUGAUGUUUACAUUUUUUAAAGGGUGGUGGAUAAAUUAAUCCACAAUGCAUCUCUUAAGCUUGUUAGUUUCAGUUUCCAGCAGUAGGAUAGUUCUGAUAAAUAUCAUCACUUCAGAUACCCUGUAAACUGUCAAUAAACUUAAUUAACG